GAAGAGCGAAGGAUGCAAUUGAGAGAGAGAGAGAAAUGGAGAAGACAGGAGUGUUAUCGGCGAAGGAGGCAUUCGAGAAGCUUGAAAAGGUGGGAGAAGGGACAUAUGGGAAGGUGUACAGAGCAAGAGAGAAGGCAACUGGGAAGAUCGUGGCUCUGAAGAAGACUCGUCUCCACGAGGACGAAGAAGGUGUCCCUCCCACCACUCUCCGUGAGGUUUCCAUUCUGCGAAUGCUCUCUCGCGAUCCCCAUGUCGUUAGGUUAAUGGAUGUCAAACAAGGUCAGAACAAGGAAGGGAAGACAGUGCUCUACUUGGUAUUUGAGUACAUGGACACCGAUCUCAAGAAAUUCAUACGCUCUUUCCGUCAAUCUGGGGAAACCAUUCCUCCCCAUAUCAUCAAAAGCUUGAUGUACCAGCUUUGCAAGGGCGUUGCUUUCUGCCACGGUCAUGGGAUCUUGCACAGGGACUUGAAGCCUCACAAUCUCUUGAUGGACCGAAAAACCAUGAUGCUUAAAAUUGCUGAUCUUGGACUCGCUCGAGCAUUUACCGUGCCAAUUAAGAAAUAUACACAUGAGAUACUAACCCUGUGGUAUAGAGCUCCUGAAGUCCUCUUGGGUGCUACCCAUUACUCAAUGGCGGUGGACAUGUGGUCCGUUGGCUGCAUAUUUGCCGAACUUGUAACCAAACAAGCACUCUUUCCUGGUGAUUCCGAGCUGCAACAACUCCUGCAUAUAUUCAGGCUAUUGGGUACUCCCAAUGAAGAUGUGUGGCCAGGCGUGAGUAAACUAAUGAACUGGCACGAAUAUCCUCAAUGGAACCCUCAAAGUCUAUCAACGGCUGUUCCAAGUUUAGAUGAGCUUGGACUGGAUUUGCUAUCUCAAAUGUUGAAAUAUGAACCUUCCAAGAGGAUUUCUGCCAAGAAAGCAAUGGAACAUGUAUACUUUGAUGACCUGGACAAGAGGCACCUUUAGAAAGAACAAAUUGAUCCAAUAUUUGGACGUAGAAUUUUAUGACUACCAAUUUACUCUAUGCUUCUCUCGAGCGUGUAUUCUAAUCCGUUUUAGGACGAUUAUGGAGUGAUUGCCCUUGGGAUUUAUUUCAUAGUUACUUCUAUGUUCUUUAAUCAUUCUAAUGAAAAAUAUCAAGGUGUUUUCGUGUCAUUACCUUUAAAAGAAAGAACAAAUUGAUCCAAGAUUGGACGUAGAAUUUUAUGACUACCAAUUUACUCUAUGCUUCUCUCGAGCGUGUAUCCUGAUCCGUUUUAGGACGAUUAUGGAUAGCCCUUGGGAUUUAUUUCAUUAUUACUUCUAUGUUUUUUAAUCAUUCUAAUGAAAAAUAUCAAGGUGCUUUCGUGUCA